CGCCAGAUUCUACCGAAUCUGUGGAUUAAAGUUUUAAACAUAGCAAAAGCUCACCCUUCAUGGAAACUAGAGACAUUACAAAAAAAUGGAUGUAGUCAUUUGAAGAGAAUGGAUCAUUUGAAAGUAUGGGAAAAAGAUGUUGAACAUGGUGGAACUAAAUUUGAUAAAUAUCAUGUGAUUGAUUCUUGGACGUAUGACCGCUUCGUCGAGGCAAGACAAAAUUAUCAACAAGUGACUACACGAAAUUUGCAGCAAUGGGCUUUAGCUGCAGCCAGCCAGUUUCCUAAUCUUCAAUUUACAGCGUCCGACCCAUGGGUAAAAAAAUUUAAACAAAGACACAACAUUCGUCAACGCAAAAUUACAAAAUUUGUAACAGACAAAGAAGUUCACACCAUGCCAGAAAUUAUCGCCUCUGCAGAAAUGUUUCGCAUUCAAACAAAACAAUUGAUAUCUAACUUCGAUAGUGACUUCGUUAUUAAUACAGAUCAAACAGGAUGUCAAUACCAAUCAAUGUUUAAUAGGACACUGACGGAAAAAGGAAGCAAAACAGUGUUUGCAAAAGUACAAGACAUGACCAAGGUGUCACACUCAUAUACUGCACAAUAUACCAUAACAUUAUCUAGAAAAUUACUACCACAUGUUUUUAUUUGUUUGCAAGAGCCUACAGGUGAUUUUGGGCCAAGAAUAAAGAAAAACGUAGAAGAAUAUUUAAAAAAAUACAACAAUGUUAUUGUCACAUCAUCAAAAUCAGGAAAACUGACAACUACUCUCUAUAAAAAUUUUCUAGAGAAAUGUUUAAUGUCAUAUGUUCAAAAAAAUAAAUUUCUUUUAAUUAUUGACUCGUGGACAGGACAAGUGAAGCCAGAAUUAUAUGAUGAAAUAUUUCAGGAUGAUAAAAAAAUGCCUACAUGCACAUUUUAA